CUUUCCGUUGCCUCCCACCAUCCUCUCUCUCUCUCUCUCUCUCUCUCUAACUUUGUUGCUGCUUUAAGCCAUAGCACCCCCACACCGUACUGCCUUUCUUCCCCCCUUUCUCUCUCCUAGGGUUGCUGCAUUGGUAUUUUCAGCGCAGAUUCUACAAUGCAGACUCCUCUCCAACUCGAGAUUCAUAUUUCUUAGUAAGCAACUAAUGCAGAGAGAGAAAAAAAUUAUCCAACUUCGAGUGGGCGUGCGCGAGUUGAUUUCUUCAAGUAGUUAUCUCGUAUGUGCUGCAGUGGCAUUUUGACUACAUACUUGGGUGAGGAAAGGGGGUACAAAGUAAGAUGUCGUCGCGAGGUGUUCCCUCGCAGCAGAAUCCGCAGCUGCAAAGACGAAUCACACGUACUCAGACUGUGGGGAAUCUAGGGGAGUCUAUUUUUGACAGUGAAGUAGUGCCUUCAUCACUGGUCGAAAUUGCACCCAUUCUCCGUGUUGCGAAUGAAGUCGAGCCUAGCAACCCUCGUGUUGCCUACCUCUGUAGGUUUUAUGCUUUCGAGAAAGCUCAUAGGUUGGAUCCCACUUCUAGUGGACGUGGUGUUCGUCAAUUUAAAACAGCGCUUCUGCAACGUCUUGAAAGGGAAAAUGAUCCUACCUUAAUGGGGAGAGUAAAAAAAAGUGAUGCUCGAGAAAUGCAGAGCUUUUAUCAGCAUUAUUACAAAAAAUAUAUUCAAGCUUUGCAAAAUGCUGCCGACAAAGCUGAUCGUGCACAGCUGACAAAAGCAUACCAAACGGCUAAUGUUCUCUUUGAGGUUUUGAAGGCAGUUAAUCAGACGCAGUCUGUGGAAGUUGAUCGUGAGGUAUUGGAAACUCACGAUAAAGUUGCAGAGAAGACAGAAAUCUACGUUCCUUAUAAUAUUUUACCUCUGGAUCCUGAUAGUGCAAAUCAGGCAAUCAUGAAAUAUCCAGAGGUACAAGCCGCUGUACACGCGCUUCGAAUUACCAGAGGUCUUCCUUGGCCGAAGGAUUACAAGAAGAAAAAGGAUGAAGAUAUCCUUGACUGGCUUCAAGCCAUGUUUGGUUUUCAGAAAGAUAGUGUGGCAAAUCAAAGGGAGCAUUUGAUUUUGCUACUUGCAAAUGUACACAUACGACAAUUUCCAAAGCCUGAUCAACAACCGAAGUUGGAUGAGCGUGCACUAGAUGAAGUGAUGAAGAAGCUUUUCAAGAACUACAAAAAGUGGUGCAAGUAUUUGGACCGCAAAAGUAGCCUCUGGUUACCGACUAUUCAACAAGAAGUGCAACAGCGUAAAUUGUUAUAUAUGGGGCUGUAUCUUCUUAUAUGGGGAGAGGCUGCCAAUUUGAGAUUCAUGCCAGAGUGCCUAUGCUACAUCUAUCAUCAUAUGGCUUUUGAACUUUAUGGCAUGCUCGCUGGAAAUGUUAGUCCAAUGACUGGUGAAAAUGUGAAACCAGCCUAUGGAGGGGAGGAAGAGGCUUUCUUAAAAAAAGUUGUCAAGCCAAUUUAUGAAGUGAUUGCUCAGGAAGCGGCGAGAAGCAAAACAGCAAAAUCAAAACAUUCCCAGUGGAGAAAUUACGAUGAUUUGAACGAAUACUUUUGGUCUGUUGAUUGUUUUCGUUUAGGAUGGCCGAUGCGUGCCGAUGCUGACUUUUUCUGUAGGCCUGCUGAUCCACUUCCAGGUGAAAGGAACGGGGAUAAUAGGCCUAGAAGAGAUCGAUGGGUUGGGAAAGUUGAUUUUGUUGAGAUCCGAUCAUAUUGGCAUAUCUUUAGAAGUUUUGACAGAAUGUGGAGUUUCUUCAUACUGUGUCUGCAGGCAAUGAUCAUUAUUGCUUGGAAUGGUGGACAGCCAAGUUCAGCUUUUAAUUCUAAUGUUUUCAAGAAAGUGUUAAGCAUCUUUAUAACUGCUGCAAUACUGAAGCUCGGUCAAGCUGUUCUUGAUGUAAUUCUGAGUUGGAAAGCUAGACAGAGUAUGUCAUUCCAUGUCAAACUACGAUACGUUCUGAAAGUGGUGGCUGCUGCUGGGUGGGUGGUUGUUCUCCCUGUUACUUAUGCUUAUACAUGGGAGAAUCCUCCUGGAUUUGCCCAGACUAUCAAAUCAUGGUUUGGCAACAGCUCAAGUUCUCCUUCAUUAUUUAUCUUGGCUAUUGUUCUCUACUUGUCCCCAAAUAUGCUCGGUGUCUUGCUGUUCCUUUUCCCGUUCAUUCGCCGGUUCCUUGAAAGUUCGAAUUACAAAAUUGUGAUGCUAGCGAUGUGGUGGUCACAGCCUCGACUCUAUGUUGGAAGGGGAAUGCAUGAAAGCACAUUUUCCCUCUUCAAGUACACAUUAUUCUGGAUGCUGCUUAUCAUUACAAAAUUGGCUUUCAGUUUUUAUGUUGAGAUAAAGCCUCUGGUAGGUCCAACAAAAGCUAUCAUGCAGGUUCGUAUAUCAACUUACCAGUGGCAUGAGUUUUUCCCCCAAGCCAAGAACAAUAUAGGUGUCGUGAUUGCACUCUGGGCACCAGUUAUUCUUGUUUAUUUCAUGGAUUCCCAGAUCUGGUAUGCUAUAUUUUCCACACUGUUUGGAGGUAUAUAUGGUGCAUUCCGUCGCCUUGGAGAGAUUCGGACAUUAGGAAUGCUUAGAUCCCGAUUUCAGUCGUUACCUGGUGCUUUCAAUGGUUGUUUAAUCCCAGAGGAGAGAACUGAGCCAGUGAAAAAGAAGGGACUGAAGGCCACCUUUUCCCGCAAGUUUGAAGUGAUCCCGUCCAGUAAGGAAAAAGAAGCUGCGAGGUUUGCUCAGUUGUGGAACAAAAUAAUUACAAGUUUCAGAGAGGAGGAUAUUAUAAGUAAUAGGGAAAUGGAUCUAUUGCUCGUUCCAUAUUGGGCCGAUCGUGAAUUGGAGCUGAUGCAAUGGCCUCCUUUUUUGCUCGCCAGCAAGAUCCCGAUAGCAGUGGAUAUGGCCAAGGACAGCAGUAAUGGCAAGGACGGCGAACUGAAAAAGCGGAUCAAGUCUGAUGACUAUAUGUAUUCUGCUGUUUGCGAGUGCUAUGCUUCAUUUCGGAACAUCAUUAAAUUAUUAGUUCGUGGAAAACAAGAGAAAGAGGUUAUUGAGUAUAUAUUUUCUGAAGUGGACAAGCAUAUCGAGGAGGAUGAUCUAUUAAGUGAAUACAAGCUGAAUGCUCUUCCUAGUCUGUAUGAUCUCUUCGUCAAGCUUGUGAAAUACUUGCUAGAGAAUAAGCCGGAGGACAGGGACCAAGUUGUCAUUCUUUUCCAAGACAUGCUUGAAGUUGUGACCCGAGACAUAAUGAUGGAAGAUCAUGUAUCCAACUUGUUAGAUUCAAUCCACGGUGGAUCAGGACAUGAAGGAAUGGUCCCUCUUGAUCAACAAUAUCAGCUAUUUGCAUCAGCUGGUGCCAUCAAGUUCCCAGCUCCUGAAUCGGAAGCUUGGAAAGAGAAGAUCAAGAGGUUGUACUUGUUGCUGACAGUGAAGGAAUCUGCUAUGGAUGUACCAUCGAACUUAGAAGCCAGAAGACGCAUGUCCUUCUUCUCUAAUUCCUUAUUUAUGGACAUGCCAUUAGCUCCUAAAGUCCGCAAUAUGCUUUCUUUCUCUGUUUUGACUCCAUAUUACACGGAAGAGGUUCUCUUCUCAUUGCCUGUGCUAGAAGUGCCGAAUGAAGAUGGUGUUUCAAUUCUCUUUUACUUGCAGAAAAUUUACCCAGAUGAAUGGAACAAUUUUUUGGAGCGUGUCAACUGUCUCAGUGAAGAAGAACUUAGGGGGUCCGAUGAACUAGAAGAACAGCUACGCCUUUGGGCAUCAUAUAGGGGCCAAACAUUGACUAAAACUGUCAGAGGAAUGAUGUAUUAUCGCAAAGCUCUGGAACUUCAGGCAUUCCUUGAUAUGGCCAAGGACGAUGAUUUAAUGGAAGGCUAUAAGGCGAUUGAAUUGAAUGAGGAUCAGAUGAAAGGAGAGAGAUCGCUUUGGACUCAAUGUCAAGCAGUGGCUGAUAUGAAGUUCACAUAUGUGGUCUCCUGUCAAUUGUACGGUAUUCAAAAACGUUCUGGAGAUCAGCGAGCGCAAGAUAUAUUAAGACUUAUGACAACAUAUCCAUCUCUUCGGGUGGCAUAUAUUGAUGAAGUUGAAGAGCCUAGUAAAGACAGAACCAAGAAGGUUAAUGAUAAGGUGUACUACUCCACUCUUGUGAAAGCUGCCUUGCCAAAGUCAAAUUCCUCAGACCCAGGACAGAAUCUUGAUCAGAUUAUCUAUCGUAUAAAACUUCCUGGCCCUGCUAUCCUCGGUGAAGGAAAACCUGAAAAUCAGAAUCAUGCCAUUAUUUUCACUCGUGGAGAAGGCUUACAGACAAUUGAUAUGAAUCAGGAUAACUACAUGGAAGAGGCUUUCAAAAUGAGAAACUUGCUUCAAGAAUUUCUUAAAAAGCAUGAUCUGAGGCACCCAUCAAUUCUUGGUCUGAGGGAACAUAUAUUCACUGGAAGUGUUUCUUCACUCGCUUGGUUUAUGUCUAAUCAAGAGACGAGUUUCGUCACUAUUGGUCAGAGGCUGCUUGCCAACCCUCUUAAGGUUCGGUUUCACUAUGGUCAUCCAGAUGUUUUUGAUAGAUUGUUUCAUCUUACAAGAGGCGGGGUGAGCAAAGCAUCAAAGAUUAUCAACCUGAGUGAGGAUAUCUUUGCUGGAUUCAAUUCUACACUUCGUGAGGGCAAUGUGACCCAUCAUGAAUACAUACAAGUUGGUAAAGGGAGGGAUGUGGGUCUUAACCAGAUUUCUCUAUUCGAGGCAAAAAUCGCGAAUGGAAAUGGAGAACAAACCUUGAGUCGUGAUUUAUAUAGGCUGGGCCAUCGCUUUGACUUCUUCCGAAUGCUAUCAUGUUAUUUCACCACCAUUGGUUUCUACUUCAGUACUUUGAUUACUGUACUCACAGUGUAUAUAUUUCUCUACGGUCGCCUUUAUCUUGUGCUUAGUGGUCUCGAACAUGGAUUAAGUACGCAACCAGGAAUUCGGGAUAACAAGGCUCUCGAAAUCGCUCUUGCUUCUCAGUCCUUUGUGCAAAUUGGAUUUCUGAUGGCUCUCCCUAUGAUGAUGGAAAUCGGACUAGAAAAGGGUUUCCGAACUGCACUAAGUGAAUUCAUAUUAAUGCAGCUGCAACUCGCACCAGUAUUUUUCACCUUUUCGCUCGGAACCAAGACCCACUAUUAUGGGAGGACAUUACUCCAUGGAGGUGCAAAGUACAGGCCCACGGGCCGUGGUUUCGUUGUGUUCCACGCCAAAUUUGCCGAGAACUACCGGCUCUACUCUCGUAGCCACUUUGUCAAGGGACUCGAGCUGAUGAUACUGCUUCUUGUUUAUCAAAUAUUUGGCCAAUCUUACAGAGGCGCUGUUGCGUAUAUCAUAAUCACUGUAUCGAUGUGGUUUAUGGUCGGCACGUGGCUUUUUGCUCCCUUCCUCUUCAAUCCUUCUGGUUUUGAGUGGCAAAAAAUAGUUGAUGACUGGACUGAUUGGAAUAAGUGGAUCAGCAACAGAGGAGGUAUUGGUGUUCCGCCGGAGAAGAGUUGGGAAUCGUGGUGGGAGGAGGAGCAAGACCAUCUCCGCCACUCUGGGAAGCGGGGAAUCAUUGCUGAGAUAGUAUUGGCGUUGAGGUUUUUCAUUUAUCAGUAUGGGCUCGUAUAUCACUUGCACAUUACAAGGAAUACCAAAAGUAUUUUGGUAUACGGUGUAUCGUGGCUGGUGAUUGUUCUGAUUCUUUUUGUGAUGAAGACAAUUUCUGUCGGACGGAGGAAAUUCAGCGCAAAUUUUCAACUCGUUUUCCGGCUCAUAAAGGGUUUGAUCUUCGUGACAUUCAUCUCUAUCAUCGCUAUAUUAAUCGCUCUCCCACACAUGACACCACGAGAUAUCAUCGUUUGCAUACUCGCCUUCAUGCCUACUGGUUGGGGUUUGCUUCUGAUUGCACAAGCAUGCAAGCCCGUGGUUCAAAAAUUUGGAUUCUGGGGGUCCGUUCGAACACUAGCACGUGGGUACGAAAUAUUGAUGGGGUUACUCCUGUUCACACCUGUUGCAUUUCUUGCAUGGUUCCCUUUCGUGUCGGAAUUUCAGACACGAAUGUUGUUCAACCAAGCAUUCAGUAGAGGUCUUCAGAUUUCUCGUAUUCUUGGCGGCCACAGGAAAGACAGGUCCUCUAGGAACAAGGAGUAGUUGUGAUAGCUCCUCUGUUCCACUGGUAAUUAAUCAUGUUUUUAUUGUCUUCCGUUCUAUUUUAAUUUAACUGUUUAAUUAUUUAAGCUGCAUUUUUGAGCUUUUAUUAGGUGUUGUAAUUAUAACCAUCAAACUCAGUCUACUAGGAAGUUGAUGUUAUUAUUACAUUGUCAAUUAUUCUUACUAGAUGUAUUUAGGUCAAUCCUUUCUAUUGAUAAUAUUUAGUUGAGUUAAAAGUGGGCUUUUUCUUUUCUU